AGGAACCUGCCUUUCAUGCGUGAAUUGAGGUACUUGUUUGCACUUCUAGUUGGUUCAAAGAGAAAAUAUGUUGACCCGUCAAGAGCAGUUGAAAUCCUUAAAGAUGCUUUUAAGUCAAACGAUUCACAGCAGCAAGAUGUUAGUGAAUUUACACACAAAUUAUUAGACUGGCUAGAAGAUGCCUUCCAAAUAAAAGCUGAAGAAGAGAGGGAUGGAGAGAAACCAAAGAACCCAAUGGUAGAGUUGUUCUAUGGACGAUUUCUAGCAGUAGGUGUACUUGAAGGUAAAAAAUUUGAAAAUACAGAAAUGUUUGGCCAGUAUCCACUUCAGGUUAAUGGCUUUAAAGAUCUGCAUGAGUGCCUAGAAGCUGCAAUGAUUGAAGGAGAAAUUGAAUCUCUCCAUUCAGAAAACUCUGCAAAGUCUGGUCAGGAGCACUGGUUCACUGAGCUUCCUCCUGUCUUAACUUUUGAACUAUCAAGAUUCGAGUUUAACCAGGCUUUGGGGAGACCAGAGAAGAUACACAACAAAUUAGAAUUUCCUCCAAUUUUGUAUCUGGACAGGUAUAUGCACAAAAAUAGAGAAAUAACAAGAAUUAAACGGGAUGAAAUCAAAAGACUCAAAGAGUACCUCACAGUUCUACAACAGAGAUUAGAACGAUAUUUAAGCUAUGGUUCUGGUCCUAAACGAUUCCCCUUGGUAGAUGUCCUGCAGUAUGCCUUGGAGUUUGCUUCCAGCAAGCCAGUGUGCACAUCUCCGGUUGAUGACUUAGGUGCUAGUGCCCCUGCCAGUGGCACACUGCCAGUCCAGACCUCGCCCAGCACAACAGAGCAGCAGGGGCCUUCAUCUUCAGAUGUUCCAAGCACAUCUCCUGUACAAAGAUCAGUAAUACACAAACCAUUCACACAAUCACGAAUUCCUCCUGAUCUGCCAAUGCAUCCAGCACCAAGGCACAUCACUGAGGAAGAGUUGUCUGUCUUAGAAGGCUGUCUACAUCGCUGGAGGACUGAAGUAGAGAAUGACACUAGAGAUUUGCAAGAAAGUAUAUCUAGGAUACAUCGGACAAUUGAAUUGAUGUACUCUGACAAAACAAUGGUCCAAGUUCCUUAUAGAUUGCAUGCUGUUCUAGUUCAUGAAGGUCAAGCUAAUGCAGGACACUACUGGGCAUAUAUUUAUGACCACCACCAGGGCAGAUGGAUGAAAUACAAUGAUAUUUCUGUGACAAAGUCAACUUGGGAAGAAUUGGAACGGGACUCUUUCGGUGGUUACAGGAAUGCCAGUGCAUAUUGUUUAAUGUAUAUCAAUGAUAAGGAACAAUACUUGAUACAAGAGGAGUUUAACAAAGAAACAGGACAGAUCCUCGUUGGAAUGGACACGCUACCUUCUGAUCUAAAGGAUUACGUCAAGGAAGACAAUAAACGUUUUGAGAAAGAACUUGAAGAGUGGGAUGCAGAACUUGCUCAGAAAGCACAGCAGGAGAAGUUGCUAUCUCAGAUACCCAGGGCACCAGCACCCUCACCUGCUCCAGUUCAAUCAGGAGAACCAGAAUAUUUAGAGCAGCCAUCAAGAACUGGUACUUCAAAGCACUUAAAAGAAGAUUCUAUACAAGCAAUCAAUAAAGCUUUAGCUGAACAAGAAGACAGAGGUCCAGAAGCUAUAAUGGAUACGAGCUCUGAUAAUGCCCCAGCUCAACCAGCUCCUAACCAGCGAGUUGUAGAGGUGGCGAUUCCUGAUGUAGGGACUUUUGUGAUUCAGUCAGAGGAGGGGGGUUAUGACGAUGAGGUCAUGCUGACCCCGAACAUGCAAGGUAUUAUCAUGGCUAUAGGUAAAGCCAGGAAUGUUUAUGACAGGUGUGGGCCAGAAGCAGGGUUCUUUAAGGCAAUUAAAUUGGAAUACACACGUUUGCUGAAAUUAGCCCAGGAAGAUCCACCUCCUGAAUGUGAUUACCGUUUGCGUCAUGCAAUUGUUUACUUCAUCCAAAAUCAAGCACCAAAGAAGAUAAUUGAGAGAACAUUACUGGAACAGUUUGGAGAUCACAACCUUAGCUUUGAUGAAAGGUGCCGUAACAUCAUGAAGGUUGCUCAAGCUAAACUUGAAAUGAUAAAGCCAGAUGAAGUAAACAUGGAGGAAUAUGAGAGAUGGCAUCAAGACUAUAAAAAUUUCAGGGAAACAACCAUGUUUCUCAUGGUAGGAUUGGAGUUUUUCCAAAAAAAGAGCUAUAUGGAAGCCUUGCUCUACCUAAUCUAUGCUUACCAGAAUAACAAAGAACUCUUGUCCAAAGGCCCAUACAGAGGGCACGAUGAAGAGCUGAUAUCUCACUACAGACGAGAAUGUUUGCUAAAACUAAAUGAACAUGCUGCAGCACUGUUUGAAUCAGGAGAUGAUCAGGAAGUAAAUAAUGGCCUGAUCAUUAUGAAUGAGCUUAUUGUCCCGUGUUUGCCAUUACUGCUGGUGGAUGAAAUGGAAGAAAAAGAUAUUGUUGCUGUGGAAGAUAUGAGAAACCGUUGGUGUUCCUAUCUUGGACAAGAAAUGGAACCUAACUUGCAAGAAAAGCUGACAGAUUUCCUGCCAAAACUGCUAGAUUGUUCUACAGAGAUUAAAGGUUUCAAUGACCCGCCAAAGCUACCCUCCUACUCCACACAUGAACUGUGUGAAAGAUACGCUCGAAUCAUGUUGUCCCUCAGUCGAACUCCAGCCGACGGAAGAUAAAUUCUGCAACCUUCCUAAGCACAUUGUAUAAACUUUUUUAGUUCUUAAACCUUGCCUUCCUGUCACAGGGUUUGCUUGUUGCUGCUAUAGUUUUUAACUUUUUUUUUUUUUAAUAACUGCAAAAGAGAAAUGACUGUCCAAACUUUAGCCAGACUGCAAACAAGUAAAGCUGAGAAUCGCAUGGCGCUCAGUCGUUUCAACCUGAAUUGAUGCAACAUGCAAGUCUGAUCAUUAUGGCAAAACUGCUUUUUUGCCACUUAUCUGUUACAGUAUUACUUUGCUUUUAUCUUAAGAUCCUCUACUUUAUCAAAACAGCUGUCUGGAUCAUUUUGUGACUGCAACUACUUUAAGUGUCCAGUGCUGUGUAAAUACAUGGUACUUGGUAGCUUGUAAAUGAAAUGAAAGAAUAAAGUUUUAUUUAUGGCUACUUCUGUGUUUGCAAGCAGAUACCUUGUAUAUUAGUGUAAAAUACGGGUAUUUUUAGAAGAGAUACAGUCUAUUGAUGAGUUAAUUUUUUAGACAGGGUUCUUCAGGAUUUAUGGCCACUUUAGUUACAGGUAGUCGGAGAUUACUGUAUGUGAAUAUAUUGAAAAACUGUCACAGU